AGAGGCGCGGCUCGAGUCACACACGCAGCGCCCCCGGCCGCCAAUAGGGCCGCCGGCGGCUGGCGCGGUAGGGCCGUGAGAGAGGCCGCUCGCCGCGAAGAUGGCGUCGGUGGCGGCCCGCGCUGCGGACGGCCCCGGCGGUGGCAGGCUGCUCCCUGUGCGGGAGAAGGCGCGUCCGGGGAGCCGGCCCGGGCAGGCUCCCAGGCGCUUGCCGGACGAGCUCGUCAAUCGCAAGGACAACGCGUUAAACGAGGAGAUGCGCGUCUUCGAGAAGGGGUUCAACGGGCCAGACCCGGGCGUGGUCACCCCGCGGACGCUGAGCCGAUCGGCCCGGGGUCCGGCCAGCAACAAGCCGGUGGAGGACCAGCGCAUCUUCUCCAACGGCAACUCGUACGUCGGAUAUUGGCUGGACGGCCGCAUGCACGGCAAAGGCCACUACGUCUGGGCUGACGGAAGCGAGUACGAGGGAGAGUUCCACGAGGGCUACAUGUGGGGCGACGGCAAAAAGAUCUGGCCCACGGGCAGGACCUACGAGGGCGAGUGGCGCAAGGACCAGAUGCACGGAGACAACAGCACGAACAAGAUGAGCUGGCCCUCCGGCGAGGAGUACAUAGGAAGCUUCAAGAAGGGUGUCUUCCACGGCAAGGGCACCCGCAAGUGGCCCAACGGCGACCGCUACGACGGCUCCUUCAAGCACGGCGUCCAGGAGGGCGACGGCUUGUUCCGUUGCGAGGACGAGGGCUGGGAGUACUCCGGCCAGUGGCUCCAGAACCGCAUGAGCGGGCGCGGGCGCGUGAAGUGGCCCAACGGCAUCCAGUACGACGGGCAGUGGAAGGAGGGCAUCCGCGAGGGCAAGGGCAAGCUCACCUGGGCGGACGGCGCCUGCUACGAGGGCGAGUUCCAGCACAACUGCAUCGAGGGCAAGGGAAAGAAGGUGCUGCCCGACGGCUCCUGGUUCGAGGGCCAAUUCCACGACAGCGAGCUCGAGGGCCACGGCACCUUCCACUGGCCCGACGGCACGGAGUUCGAGGGCCUCUGGCACAGCAGCGAGAUCGUGGGCCCCGGCAGCCACCGCUUCCCCAACGGCACCACCAUCACCGGCGUCUUCGAGAGCAACGGCGCCGCGGGCGAGGGCACAAAGAAGUGGUCCAACGGCUGCGUGUACACGGGCGCCCUGCAGAACAACCACAUCUUCCAGUACGGCGUCUUCCAGUGGCCGGACGGGCGCCGCUACGCGGGCCAGUUCCUCGACGAGAUGAUGCACGGGGAGGGCACCCUCUGCUGGUCGGACGACCACGGCGUGUGCCGGUACAAGGGCUCCUUCGAGCACAACGUCUUCCAGGGCCAGGGCGUGCUGGAGUGGUCCACGAAGGCCAAGUACACGGGCGAGUUCUUCAACGGCCUCUACCACGGCGAGGGCACUUUCGAGUGGCCAGACAAGGCGCACGUCUACCGCGGUCAGUGGCAGUUCGGGGAGAUGAGCGGCAGGGGGACGCUCACAGCGAGCAACGGCUCCGUCUAUUCCGGGGAGUUCCACGCCGGCAGCAUGGACGGCCGAGGCACCAUGACGUUUAUCACCAACGAUCAGUACGUCGGCGAGUUCAAGGACUCGAAGUUCAACGGGGCGGGAACCUACACCUGGUCCUCGGGCACGCAGUUGAUCGGCAUCUUCGAGAACAACUUCUGCAACCAGGUCGGCAAGAAGACGUACGCGAACGGCGGCGUGUACCUGGGAGAGCUCAGCGCAGACCUGGAGCACGGCCGAGGCGUCUUCGUGGACGCCAAGGGGGUGCGGGUGCUGGGCACGUGGGAGAAGGGCCGCCUGGUCGAGGAGCUGGUGGAGAUGAUCGUCCCUGCGGCCGAGGUGGACGGAGGCGGCGGCGGCGACGAGCGCGUGUUCGUCGCGACGCGCGAGCUCGAGGGGGAGCCGCCGGCGCGCACCCUGGAGGCGGUGGAGCAGGAGGGCCGCGCGGUGGUGCUGUUCGCCAGCGGCGACAAGUACAUCGGCGGGGUCGGCGGCGGCAAGCAGCAGGGCGCCGGGGCCUUCAUCUACGCCGACGGCGCCUGCCACAAGGGCGCGUGGGAGGCAGGCGCCCUGGACGGCGCGGCGCACCCGGGCGAGGGCGCGUCCGAGGAGGCGCGGAGGCUGAACGCGGUGAACGAGAAGAACGCCAAGGCGGUCGCCGAGCUGAGGAAGAAAGUCGCCGGGGAGAGGAAGCAGGUCCCCGCGGUCCCGGACAAGCCGUAGUCCUGCCGCAGGGGGUCGCACACGGAGUGAUUUUCCUGACUCUCUCGCUCGCUCUCUCUCUCUCUCUCUCUCUCUCUGUCUCUCUCUCUCUCUCUCUCUC